AUGGCAAAUAAGGGUCUAAAGAAAUUGAACAUCCUCCGCAAACUUUGUGGCACAAACUGGGGCUUGAGAUCAUCAACAUUAAAAAAUACUUACUGCACCGUCAUCAGGCCAGUACUUGAGUAUUGGUCCCCCAUUUGGGCACAAGUGUCUAAAUCUGUUAAAGACACUUUGGACUCAGUCCAACAUAGAGCAUCAAAAAUCAUCAUUGGCAAGUCAAGGCUUCAGAGAUCAUCAACGCUGCAAUUUGACAGAGACAUCAGAAAGGCGAUCCAUCUUGAUCACUCCUCUCUGGACAUUACUCAAGAACCACUUUUUCCUUCCAAGCCUCCUUUGAAUACUAAAAUCAAUACUAACCUACUGGAACCAUGUUCUAAGAAAGAACCAACCCAAGUUUUAUUACAAAAAGGAGAAGACACUGUUCGUUCACUUUCCAGUGAAAAUAGCAUUAUAGUCAACACAGAUGGUUCCUCUGAUGUUGACUGUAACAGAGGUGGUGCUGGUAUCUCCAUCAUUUACCCAUCAGGAUAUAACGUCAAACUCAGAAUACCCACUGGCCAAAUUGCUUCAAACUUCACAAGCGAAUUAAUCGCUAUUAAAGAGGUUCUUACCCAUUUUCGCUCUCAUUCUCUAAACGACUCAAUAAAAGAAAUUGUGAUUUUCUCAGACUCAAAAUCAGCACUCGAAUCCAUACAUAAUGAUAAAACAACAAUAACGCAAGAAAUUAAUACCCUUCUCCAUUUACUAAAUAUACCUUGCACUCUCCAGUGGAUCCCAGCUCAUGUUGAAAUUGAGGGGAACGAAUGUGCAGAUGCCCUUGCAAAGGAAGCAUGCAACGAAGACCAACCUCGAGUAGUCACCUGUACAGAUGCGAAUACUGCCGCCAGGCGAAGGAUCUACAACCAGCAUCUUAGCAAGGCAACAAUCCCCGAUCUAAACUGCCCAAGAAACCUUUCCUCUACAAUAGCUAGGCGACGUACUGGACAUUUCAAAGGUAUGAAGAUCUCACGAACCAAUAUAUCCCAUCUGCAAGUGCUGUCCCCAUUCGCAACUAACUCCACAUCAUGUUUUUGA